AUGCAUAUUUAUGAUACAAUAGGUCAUUGUGAGAGACGCAUACGAUACUGUUUAAACAUGGCUAUUAGACAUAUCAAAAGAAGGUACUCAGAAAGUUCAGCUGAGAGCUCGUCUGACAAUUCUAGUGAUGAAUCAAAUAAAAAACCUGAUCAGUCAUCAAAUAUUGAUGUUAAGAAGAAUGAGGAACAAGAGCUCAGUGGUUUAAAUACAAAAGCUAUUAGGGAAGACAUUAACUAUGAACAGAAUAAUAUUAAUGGUGACUCAAAUGAUAAUAUUAAUAAUCCUAACAUUAGCGACAAUAGUAACGGCAGUGAAAAUUAUAGUAGUAGUAGUAGUAGUAGUGAGAGUGAUACCAGCAGUGAGAGUGAUUCGGAAUUGAGACUAUUUAGACCUACAUUUAUAAAAAAAAGAAGCAUAACGACAGACGACUCAAAGCUGCGAAAUAAAGAAGUAAAAUCUGAUUCAACAUAUGCAAAACUGAUAAAGAGGGUUGAACACAACGUUCUUGUAUCAAAGAAAAAUGAGGACAGUGUAAAGCUUAUGAAUUCCAAUUAUAGUACAGAUAAAGAUUUAUUAAGGAAAAUAGUAGAACUGGAUGAUGAUGAUUCAAAAAAUGCAGACUUAGAGCGUGAAAUGUGGAUGAAAAGACAAGAGACCAGAAAACAAAAAAGCAGAGAACUGUUAGUUCAGAAACAGAAAGAACUAGAAGAGAAUGAGCUUCAAAAAAUGUUAAAUGCAGAUAAAAAUAUAGAGGAUACCACCCUUGAAACGGAAGUUCCCAAUUCUGAACUUGAUAGAAAAGCUCCUAAGAGAUCUGGUAGAACUAAAGAAAACAUGUACAUGGCAAAACGAGCUUCUAAUAUUCACUUUGGAGAGAUGGAGAAAUUACAAGAGAAAUCAAUGAAUACUAAUGAGCAAGAUUCCGAAUAUUCACUUCCUAUAUAG